AUGUCGAAAAAAACAACUCUUACGCUAUCGAACAAAAUAAAAUUAAUCGAGUUAAAGCAACAAGAAAAUUUUUCAGUGAAGGAUCUUAGGGUGAAAUUUAAGUGUGAAAAAACGCACGUUUAUGAAGCGAUAGAAAAUAAAGACAAACUAAUGGAGCAAUGGAUGAGUUGUAAAAAUUCUGGGAAAGGUAAAAGAGUGGUGUCUGUGGAAUUUGAACAAGUUGAACGAGAUUUGUAUAGGUGGUUCAUCAGUGGUCGGUCGAAAAGUUUGCCCAUCUUUGGACCUAUUCUACAAGCAGAGGCAACUAAAUUGGCAGAAGAACUCAGAACCAGUAAUUUUAUGGCUUCAAAUGGUUGA